AACAGUAAUAGCCACGGCAACAACAAUAACUUCAACAGCAACAACUGCAGCAGCACAUACCAGAGUUAGCCAAUUGAGGCUCACUAACCAAGCGACAACAAGCAUGUUACUUUUGCAACCCAAUAGCUCCUUCAGUUCACUCUCGCCGUUUGACAACUUCUCAACGCAACCAGCGACGACGACGUCCUCUAGCAACACCAGCAGCUCACACCAUCAUCUCCACCAUCAGCACCACCUACAGCAGCAACAGCAACAGCAUCAGCAGCAUCAGCAGCAGCAGCAUCAGCAGAUACUGCAGCAGCAGCAACAACAACAGUUGCCACAAUUGCUGCCCGCGUCCAGUCAGGACACGCUGUUGUCCCAUGAGGAGGACCAACUGAUUAGCAAUCUGACCGACGCAGCUGUCUCCCACACCGAGCUCUUUUCGGAUCUUUUCUUUCCCUCGGACUCCAACAACUCGCUCCUAUCGCCUGUCUUGGAUCAGUCGACCGCCAGCUACACCGAAUCCCACACCACUCCGAGCAAUUUGCACUCCCCCUGCGAUACCUUGGUUGGUAGCAGCGAAGACAUCACCAACUCCAUUGCAAACCUCACUAAGUUGACCUGCCUACGCGACAAACGUCUACCCUCCAUACCUGAACAGCCGGCCAGCUCGGGGGCUCACGAGCAUAACUUGUUGUCCUUUGAGCGCAGCGUACCGCAGGAGUUGGGUUUGUUGAGCCUGCGCUCCAGCAGCGAUCCGGCCAUUGCUCUCCACGCACAACAGCAACAGCAGCAGCAGGAACACUUUCAGCGUCACGGUGCCACAGACCUCUUGAUCUCACCCAUAGCCGGUCCGCUCUCUUGCGGCAGCUCCUUGCCCAGCUUCCAGGAGACAUACUCCCUGAAGUACAACAGCAGCGGCAGCAGUCCUCAGCAGGAGGGGGGCACCCCCACGGGCACGCCCACUGAUCAGGUGCUCACGCUCAAAAUGGAUGAGGAUUGCUUUCCAUUGACUACAGUCGCUGAGGUCAUGUCCGGCCUUAAUGCCAGUCAUGGCCAGCUCCAACAUAUGCACCAGCUUCAGCAGCAACAACAGCAACAGCAGCAGCAACAGCAGCAACAGCACCAACAACAACCGCUUAUGCCACAUCCUAGUGGCAGCAGCAGUAACAACAACAACAACAGCAACUCUUCAUAUAACUAUCAUGGUCAUUUCAAUGCAAUCACCACGACUUCCAAUCCAUCGCCAACAUCCUCGGCCUCGUCCUUGUACGAGUUCAAUAUGGGAAGUGGCUCCAACAAUGGCAGUCGCGAGCAGUUGCCAAGCUUCUCAAACACAGAUGGCUUUUAUCAGCAGACCUACCAGCAACAAAACUAUGCUUCGCACAAUGGCGAACGCUAUUCCUUACCGACAUUUCCCACCAUUUCGGAGCUGGAAGCGGCAACCGCUGCUGUGGCCGCUGCCGCCGCAGGCGUUAACGCCACUUCAAUGCCACCUGUACGCCGUGCUUCGUUGCCAGUGCAGCGUUCCGCUUCACCCACUUCCGCCACUCAAAGUCCCAAGCUGGCCAAGCUUACGUUGGGCGCACGACAUGCCGUUGCCGCUGCAGCGCUUCAGUUGUCCAGUGCACCCAACUCGGCGGCUAGUUCCCCUGCCAGUUGCCGCCAGCAGUUGACGCCGUCAACACACAAUGUCGCUGGAGAUCUGCUGAAUGGUGGACGCAUCCUGCAGUCCUCCUCACAGCUGUGCGCUGUUUGUGGGGAUACUGCUGCCUGCCAGCACUACGGCGUGCGCACCUGUGAGGGCUGCAAGGGCUUCUUCAAGCGAACCGUUCAGAAGGGUUCCAAGUACGUCUGUCUGGCGGACAAGAACUGUCCAGUAGACAAGCGACGACGCAAUCGCUGUCAAUUCUGUCGCUUCCAGAAGUGUUUGGUCGUCGGCAUGGUUAAGGAGGUGGUGCGUACGGAUUCGUUGAAGGGUCGACGUGGUCGCUUGCCUUCUAAGCCCAAGUCGCCACAGGAGUCGCCACCAUCACCACCGAUUUCACUGAUAACAGCACUAGUGCGCAGUCAUGUAGAUACUACUCCGGAUCCCUCUUGCCUGGACUACACACAUUACGAGGAGCCAGACAUCAGCACGUCGCCCAGCGGUGGUCUGGGCAUGACCGAAGCCGACAAAGUGCAACAGUUCUAUCAGUUGCUCACCAGCUCCGUGGAUGUCAUCAAGCAGUUUGCCGAAAAGAUACCCGGCUACAAUGAUCUCUUGCCAGAGGACCAGGAGUUGCUCUUUCAGUCCGCCUCCCUGGAGCUUUUCGUCCUACGCCUAUCGUACCGGGCGCGCAGCGACGACGACAAGCUCAUCUUCUGCAAUGGCAUUGUGCUCCAUCGGACCCAAUGCCAGCGCUCGUUCGGGGACUGGCUCGGCGGCAUAAUGGAGUUCAGUCGCAGCUUGCACAAUCUUGAGAUUGAUAUUUCGGCAUUUGCCUGCCUCUGUGCGCUGACUCUGGUAACAGAACGACAUGGCCUGCGAGAGCCCAAGAAGGUAGAGCUGUUGCAAAUGAAGAUUAUCGGCAGUCUGCGCGAUCAUGUCACGUACAAUGCCGAGGCCCAGAAGAAACAACACUACUUCAGUCGGCUGCUCGGAAAAUUGCCCGAGCUGCGGUCACUGAGUGUCCAGGGUCUACAGCGAAUAUUUUAUUUAAAACUCGAGGAUCUAGUACCGGCGCCCGCUCUCAUCGAGAACAUGUUCGUCACAACUUUGCCCUUCUAAGCGAGAAGAAGGUCGGUUCUAUCCACUUCGCUUCCUUACCAUACCAUAGUGUUAAGUAAGAGGAUGCUUCGCAAUGCCCCCCUGGAAUAGUUUAAGUCCGUAAGAUAAGCUAAAUAUAAAUAAAUCUAUGGAAAACAAAAGAAAUCAAGUGCAAGUAGUAGUUCGCCGCACCCCCAAAUAGACACUAAACUAUCGUAUGUGUAUACCUGUCUUCAGGGACCUGUCAUUAGUUGCAGCUGCACCCGCCUAACUAAGCACUAUUGAACCAAUACAUAAUUACUAUCCUAGUUCAUGAAUUUUUCAGUUUUGUUGUGGCGAGUGAGGUUACGGUUUUGUAUUCGUGACUUGUCAGUGAACCACCAUCUACCACUCAGCUGGGGAAUUCACAACUUGUUGACGUUAAUUGUUAAAUUGUUUAAUUCCAACUGUCAAAAUCAAUAGGCAAGCAAAUUGUCUGCUUCUGACACGCACAUACGAGAACUCGAAGGCGGCUCAAAUAAUGUACUUACUAUUGUAUAUACGUAAAUGCAGAGAUACUUACCACCCCGCAUGUUGUGCUCGUCCUUGAGGACUACUAUACAUACAAGUACAUAGUAUACGUACAUACGAGUAUGUAGAAAAUUAUUUAUGUUUAAAUAAUAUUGCCCACUCUUGCGUUUCACUAACUUCUAGUCAAUCGUUUUAAGUUGUAAGAGCAUGCAGCUAGCUUACUAUAUUACUUAAAUAGUUCAUAAUCAAUAGAAUUAAGGACUGAGCUGAUGUUCAGAUCUGAGCUCACCCAACAUAAUUCCCCACACACACACACACACAUAUUUGAAGAGUUAAAUGUCCAAAAAUGUACACCCACUAAAGUAUUCGCUAUAGCAUACGCAUAUUUAUACGAUAUAGGAUUUUCGGUUCGAUUUAUAACUGCACAACAAGUGCACAA